AAAAGAGCGAAACUGCCCAACGUAUUCACCAAUCUUGAAGCUUUUCCCAAUCGAUUUUCAGAAACCCUAAAUCGCCAUGGGAGAAUCUCGUCGGUUCUCCGUUCGCCAAGCCCUAGGCGGUGGCGCAGCUGCAGACUUGUUAUUGUGGGUGAACUGGUACCCCAGCGGUACUUUUCUCGUCGGUUCAACUGCCCUUUGGUACAUAUUCGAAAGCGCUGGAUACAAUCUACUGACCUUCAUAUCGAACGUCUUGUUGUUACUCGUCAUAAUCCUGUUUCUUUGGGCGAAAGCCGCAACGGUCCUUAAUAGACCAUUGCCGCCUCUACCUAAUCUUGAGCUUUCUGAAGAGACUGUUGUGAGGGUUGCUGAUGAUAUACGAGUAUGGUUAAACUACACAUUGUCAAUUGCACGCAAAAUUACGAUUGUGGGAGACUUGAGACUGUUAGUUAAGGUUGCUAUAUGCCUGUGGCUUAUUUCCUACCUCGGCACCUUAAUCAACUUGCUUAAUCUGAUCUAUAUUUGUAUUCUACUUAGUUUAUCGUUGCCUGUAUUGUAUGACAAGUAUCAAACACCAAUUGAUGAAAAGCUGAGUGUUUUGUAUCAUAAAAUUGAUGAGAAGAUACUGCAGAAGAUCCCAUUGUCUUCGAAAAGGAAGAAGAUGCAAUAAAUUUACGUACGGGCUAAGCAAAAGGGCGAAAGAAAUGAAGCUAUGGCCAUUGAAUUCUUGCCGGCGGCUGUGUGGAGUUGAUCGAGAGGCUCGCAUUUGAACCUCCCGUAUAUAUUGCAGGGAUUAAAGUUGGAUGUUAAACCGCGCUUCCUUAAAAUCAAUCUUUCAAGACCAAAGUUAGUUUUCCAUCAGAGUUUCCAUAUAAAUCAAAGUGAAACCAUCGGAAAUUUUUGGGUUUAGUGAUUUAUGAUUUAAUUUAGUUUGUGUAAUAAGUUAAACAUGAAAGAAGUUACAUGUGUUGAUUGUGAUAAAAUAAUUUUGCUUUUAGCUA